AUGAAAGCCACUCGCCAAAUGUUGUGUUGUUUGCUACUUGUCACGAUUGUGCACUUGGCAACUGCUGAAUUAUCAUUCAUCAGCCAAAACAUGACUGACACAUUCGAAGCCGAAGCUUCGCCACUUCCGGGGUACGAAGAAGAGGAAGGAAGUGAUGAUUCGAAUCUAUUGUCAUCCGAUGCCUCACCAUUUUUGGACCCGAUUCAUUUUUCCAAAUGCCUAGUUAUUCAGAAGAAGACUGCGGAUGAGGAGGAUAUUGUCCAAAAUGUUUACUUGGUUAUUGUUCUGAAUGACAACGUGAACGUUUAUGCAAAUGCUACUGGCAGGAGCCUGGUUCACCACGAGAAAAACGACGCAUUACAAGGAAACAAUGCUGUCAAGGAAGAUGCACAUCAAACAAGAAUUGCAAGCCCCCUUGUCGCUGGUGUAUCCGCGGAAGAUGUCAACGUUCUUUAUUCACCCUUUAUCUGCAAUACAAAAGCUGAAAUGACUGAUGAAGCGCCAUCAUCUUUGCAAAUCGCGUCAGUUCAGCUGGACUAUUUUCACGAUUUUGACGAAAAUGAUGGAUUUAAUUCGUCUUUUCUGGCGAACCCAGACUGGCAACUGGACCAUUGA